GCUACACGUACAUAUGCAUGUAUAUGCAGUAUACAUAAAAAAUAAUGAUGAUGACAAAGAGACACACUCUCAUUAUUGCUCCAGAAUCAGUUGGAACGUAACCAUAAUUCCGGAUGGAGAUAGGAUAGCAAUAUUACACUCACAGCAACUAUACUAAUAGAAAUUCUUGAAAUAUCACCACAACCACAAGUAUUUAAUAAAGAUCGACUUCAAGAAAGACAUCAAAUCAAGACAGGAAAGUCAUAAUGUCAAGACAAAUGCCAUCAUCAUCAUCCAUCCUUGCGGUCUGCAGUAUCAUUUCGCUGAUUUUAGUGCAAAAUAUUAAUUCCCAAUCCUCACCUAACGAUACAACCACAGCUUCAGCAACAACAGCAUUGUUACUAAACUCAACAACACCGAAUGAAAACGUGACUUCAAACUACAAUAGUACUUCUACCACUACUUUGACUAUUUCUACACCAGCUACAACGACAACAAAAGUAUUAAUUCAACCUCGAGCGCAAGAUGACAAGGAAUCCCCUGGAAAACUCUGUGAAACGGACAAUGACUUAAUUGGUCAACAUCUUGGGUGCAGUUGCGUAGAUUUGAAUGGGGGAGUUAAAUCGGCAAACUGUGCAGAUAAAUGGAUCGGUUACAAUAAUAGUUUGAAUCUACCCUUUAAACUAAAUAUUUCCAGACAUGUUCGAAUUCUAGAUUUAUCCAAAAACCAUUUGGAGAUUUUAGAUGAGAAUACGUUCGGGGAUUGUGAAGGAUUAAGAGAAUUGAACUUGUACAAAAAUCACAUUGGAUACAUAAAAAGUCUUAACUGCACUGGGAUAAAGAAAUUAGAUUUGAGUUGGAACCAUUUACAUAACCUGACAAAUGAAUCAUUUAAAAACUUAAGUAAAUUGGAGGAACUUGACUUAAACCACAACCAUCUAAUCAUAGUUGAGCCAAAUUCAUUGGACCGUCUCAAGAAUUUGAGGGUUCUCAAUCUUGCCUCGAAUCCCCUGGGCCAAGAGCUAAAUUUUUACUCUGACUAUAUUCUCUCAUUGGACAACUUGGUUCUUCUUGAGACUUUGGACCUGAGCAACACUUCACUUCCAGAUUUUCCAUUAUCCCUCAUUCAAGGAACAAAGAACAUUAAACGGCUGAGACUUGCAAACAACAUGAUCACCUAUCUUCCGGAAGGAGUUUUACACGAAUUGACAAGUUUAGAGUAUUUAGACUUAAGUGGAAAUUGGUUCGAGACCUUAGUACCUUUCGGUUUCAAUGGUUUGAGCACUCUACGAAUUCUGAUUUUGGAUCGUAUGCCUUAUUUGAAAAAAAUUGAGCAGCAUGCAUUUGCUGGGCUGAGCUCAUUGACCGAGCUAUCUUGUCAGAAAAAUCACUAUCUUUCCUUCAUUGAUGUGAUGGCAUUUCGGAUGGCUCGGGAACUUGAAAAAGAGUUAGUGGAGGGUGACAGCCAUCCAAAAAUUGUGCACCUGGCCGACAACAAUCUUAACUACUUUGAGUAUGGACUUCUCGUUUGGAAAGAUAUGGAAUGGCUGGAACUUUACAGAAACCCGUGGAUUUGUGAUUGCAACUUGCAAUGGGCAGCCGAGUUUUCUGCUCACAAGAAAGCGGAUGCUGCUAUUUUAAUGGACCCAGAUUUUACUUGCAUGGAACCACAUAUUUUUGCUGGGGUCCAAGUCACCACAGUUGCACCUGAAGAGAUGCUGUGUUAUUCCCCAGCAGCCACUGUUGCAGGGCUCGUGGGAAUUAUUCUUUUCGGAUUUCUGCUCUUUACGUUUUGCUCUAUCUUAAUUUUGAACCACAUGGGAAUGUUGCCUGACUGGGUGAGGACCUACAAUAUCUUUGGAAGCGGAAGCUCUCUCCCAAAAUAUAUGAGAGUCAAUCCAAAACCUGCUAGAGCAAGGCGAAUGGAACGCAUGGGGGUGAUCCCACCGCCGGAGAAAGGGGAACCAGUCCCUGGAGAUCUGGAGUGGGAUAGUGGAGAUAUUGGGCCAACAUAAAUAAAUAUUUACAUGAAUGCAACGAAAUUUUAAACGAAUUACAAUCUAUCAUUAUUAUUUUAUUAUUUAUGAUUUUUUUAAUUUAUAGCUCUCUGUGAUUAUUACUGGUCAAUUUUAUAAAACAAGACAUUGUGUAACUUGUGUAUGUAUUGUGUCAAUAAAUCUACCUAUAUUUAAACACAA